UUGCGGCCUUUCCCCCGCCGCCCCGCUCGACGGCGGGCCUGGGCAGCCGCUGCCGCGGGAGUCCCGUGAGGAGGAGGAGAAGGACGGAGGAAGCGGCGGCGGCGGCGAUGAAGCUGAGCACGCAGGCCUACUGCAAGAUGGUGCUGCACGGCGCCAAGUACCCGCACUGCGCCGUCAACGGGCUGCUGGUGGCCGAGAAGCAGCCUCAGCAGCCGCCGCCGGGUCAGCGGGGCCGGGAGCGGGAGCCGCCGCCGCCCCCCCACACGCUCCUGGUGGACUGCAUCCCGCUCUUCCACGGCAGCCUGGCCCUGGCGCCCAUGCUGGAGGUGGCGCUCAGCCUGAUUGAUUCUUGGUGCCGAGAGAACAGCUACGUAAUAGCUGGCUACUACCAAGCAAAUGAACGUGUGAAGGAUGCCAGUCCAAACCUGCUUGCCGAAAAAGUCGCCUCCAGGAUUGCAGAAAACUUCAAUGAUACAGCCCUCAUAAUGGUAGAUAACACUAGAUUUACUAUGAAGUGCCUAAAACCAGCAGUUCAUGUGUACGAACACCACGAAAACAAAUGGCGAUGCAGAGACCCACACGUUGAUUAUUGCGAAGAUUGGACAGAAGCCCAAAGGAUCUCCGAAUCCCUUUUGGACAGCCGGUCCUAUGAAACCCUGGUGGAUUUCGAUAACCACUUAGAUGACAUUCGGAAUGACUGGACAAACCCCGAGAUUAACAAGGCCGUUUUGCAUCUCUGCUAAGGAGAUUCCCACCGACUUGACCUGCUGGGGAUUUUCACUGUGCCGAAGAAAGCAAAAAAAGAGCAUUAAUUUUCAGGUGUCAGGUGAGUGAGGCCCCUCCCUUAGACAAGGAUGUGUUGCCAUGCAGUCAAGUCUUUUUAAUGAGAAUCUUUGGGACAUCCACCAUACUUGGAAGCCUUUUCUGUCCAUCGCCCUUUUGUCCUCCUGCUGAUGCAUUCUUGUUACUCUCCAACUAGAGUCUACUUGUUCCAAAUCGUUCGUAUUAAAAAGUUUUGACUUAACUUUUCAUAUCCUUUAGAGACAGAUUUUCUAAAAAAAAAAAGAUUUAUGAAAUAUCUCAGAGAGCUAACAGCUAGUUUUAUUUUUAAAGAAGCUGCAUCUAAAUAAACAAUUGAACUUUACAUGGUCAGGUCAGUUUUGGAAGCUCUUAUUCCAAGGGCUGAUUUCUGGACAUGGUUGCGCAGUGGACGGAUAUAUUAUGCAGGGAGAAAACAACUUGAGGUAACUCCCCAGAGGCUGCCAAGUUUCUUUACUUAUUCUGGGAAUGUUGCAAUUUUUCUGACUCUCCAGUUUUGAGUGUUAAGAGUCUGUUUGGGUUCCUCUUGAACAGAACAGAAUUCCCCUUCCUUGAAUUCAGUAUAAAUGGAAUAGACCAAACAGCCAAGAGAAUUAUAAAUACAUGUUUUUGUUCACAAAAAGCAAACUCAUUCUCUUUAUUCUUGCAUCUGGGGGAAAAAAUGUAAAUUCUUUGAUGUUUAAUUGCACAAACAGAGGAAGAUUUCAAUUCCUGAACCAUUUUUGAUGGAGGUAGCCUCUAACUCAGUACUCCCCCUUUGUGUUGCCCCUUCAGGGCAGCUGUGAGUUGUGCUUUUGCAACACACUCCUCUGAUUUGCCAAUUCUGUUCUGGGCCUCCAAGUUCUGAUUAGUUAUUCAGGUUUUCAUAGACCAGAUUUUUCCAAGUCCGGAAAGAAUCUCCUGUUACAAUUCAGUGCAAACUUUUAAUCUUUGCACACCAAGGGGAGAAGAAUGUGCAACUCCCUUUAAAAUCAGUGCACUCCAAAUGUUUUGCUCUGGAAAACCUGGUCCCCCUACCUUCCAUAGCACGCCCGCACAUUGCUGGACGCAUCUCCUGUGGCCUGUCUAGUGAGAGUAAGCGUUGAAGAGCACAACUGUUGGUCGUUCAGCACUUGCCUUCCUGUUCAUUUUUCAUGCUUUUUCCUUGCAAGCAAAUGUUAUGGCGUCUUAGCAGUUGGGUUGCCUGUUGAGCUGUUUGGAUCCGGCUUGUAAUAUAAUGGUUUUGUGAUGUAAAAUGUAAAAGAGUCUUUAAAACAAUACAACCCUGUGUUACCUUGGGAUUUUUUUUUCUUUUCUUUUUUUAAAAGGAUAACUUCUAGCACGGAUGGCUGCAUCUACCUUGUGUUGUUUUUACAUGUCUGAUUUUUUUUUAUUUUUAUUUUUUUAUUUUUUUGUUUCUUCCCCUCCCGCCCGACUGAUCCUGUAUUAAUGCAACCUUUUAUUUAUGGCAUAUUCGAUAUCUCAAAAAGUAACUGGGCUUUUAUGUUGCUUUAUUUCCUUCAUCCCCUUGAAAAUAAAGCUGAUGAAACAA